CAGGAGGGAGUGUCCUGGGCCUGCUCGGCCGCGCCCCAGGAGCUAAGGCGGCUCCCGGCGUGCCGCGCGCGAAUGCGGACAUGUUGCUGAGCAAUGUUCCACAGCAGCACGCAGCGCCGGCACUGGACCUUCCAAGGCGAGGAGGAACUGGCGCGGCUCCGCGCUGAGGGGAACCGCCGGGCCCGGGCCAGGGCGGCGGCCAGCGGGAAGGUGCCGCAGGGCGACCCGGUGCUGCUGGAGCCGCACGAGGAGCUGGCGAUAUGCAAGUACUACGAGAAGAGACUGCUGGACUUCUGCGCUGCAUUCAAGCCCGCGAUGCCGCGGUCCGUUGUGGGAACAGCUUGCAUGUAUUUCAAACGUUUUUACCUCAAUAACUCAGUGAUGGAGCAUCAUCCUCGGAUAAUAAUGCUAACAUGCACAUUUUUGGCCUGCAAAGUAGAUGAAUUUAAUGUAUCCAGUGCACAGUUUGUUGGUAACCUUCGAGAAAGUCCUCUUGGACAGGAAAAAGCUCUUGAACAAAUACUGGAAUAUGAACUGCUACUUAUUCAGCAACUGAACUUCCAUCUCAUCAUCCACAAUCCAUACAGGCCAUUUGAGGGAUUUCUAAUUGAUAUUAAGACUCGCUAUCCAGUGCUGGAAAAUCCUGAAGUUUUAAGGAAAACAGCUGAUGACUUCCUUAACCGAGUGGCUCUGACAGAUGCAUAUCUGCUCUUUACUCCCUCACAGAUUGCUCUCACUGCCAUAUUAUCUAGUGGCUCAAAAGCAGGGAUUAAUAUGGAAAGCUAUUUAUCAGAAAGUCUUAUGCUGAAAGAGGAUAGAUCAACCUUAUCCAGAUUACUAGAUGAAAUGAAAUGCAUGAAAAAUCUCAUUAAAAAAUAUGAACUGCCAAGGCCUGAAGAGGUUGCUGCUCUAAAACAGAAAUUAGAGAAGUGUCACAGCUUGGACCUCUCAUUUAAUACAAACCCGAAGAAGAGGAAAGGUUAUGAAGAUGAUGAAUAUGUCACAAAGAAAUGUAAAAUGGAUGAGGAAGAGUGGACUGAUGAUGAUCUUGUGGAUUCAGCAUUACUUUGAAGGAAGAUGCGCUCCUACCACCCUCUGGUGUCAGGUGUGACUGCCUGCCACAGGUUCCUUAUUAUGUGUCAUAAGGUCUUUGUGCUGUUAGUUCUUACCUUGGCAGUAAAGCUUUUCACUUUCCUAAAAGAAAAAGUUGUGGUUUAAUUAAACCCUCAUCCAUUACAGGUCCAACACGACCAAGAUUUGCUUCAAGAAAUCUGGCCCUUGUUUUUGGUUCAGAAACAGUUUGAUGUGGCUGUAGUGUAGUGUUAUGAGCACCAGUUGAUUUAUUUUCUUUUCAUAUACCCAGUUAAGAGUUCUACAAUACAAACACAUACAUGCAGCUUUGGGUGUUCCCCAGUUUCAUUGUCUUUGCUGCAUUUUGUGUGUAACAGGUAAAUUAGGUAGGCAGCUCUGUCUUCCAGUUUGUAUUUUUACCAUGUUAUAUUGCCUGUACCAAAGCAACCAAAUCUAGAAAAGAAUCCCUUUUACACACUCUGUUAAAAGUUUUAAGUAGGACACACUGAAAGGUAAAUUACUUACUUGUCUGAGAUGCAGUUUAACAUAGACUUGACAUGGUUAUGGAACAAUCUAAGAAAAGACUUCUCUAGAAACAAGGUGUUGCAAACACAUGUAUUGUCACUAUGGAAGAGCAUCACAUGUGUCUGCUCAGUGCCAUACAUACGAUAUUUGGGAGCUUUCACCUUCAAGAAGCUGUUCCAGCUAGAGACCAGGGCAACACAGCAAGAGCCACUUUAGUAUUACAGCAAAGGUGCAAAAGCAAAGUCUCUCUGAUUUUAUGUGACAGUGAUUUGGCAGUUCUGAUAGAUAGGAAAAACACUCCAGGUGUUGUAAAGAUUUGCAACAGUGCUUGUAUGUUAAAAUUAUUUAUGUAGUUAUCUCAUUAAUCUUGUCAGUGAAUCCUUUUAUUCCCUAUUAUUAUAUCACUGCCUAGAACAUAACACACAGUGAUGAUGAAAUACCCUUUAAAUCAACAGCACAUUUUAUUUCUCAAUUUUUUUAACAGUUUAUGGCACUGCAGUGGGCAGGAACACCUUCCACUAGACAAGGUUGCUCCAAGCCUCAUCCAACGUCACCUUCAACACUUCUGGGGACUGAGGCAUCCCUGGCUUCUCUGGCACUCUGCCAGUACCUCACCCCACUCACAGAGAAGAAUUUCUUUUUAUUAAAUCUCAACCUACGUAAGGAGUUUCAACAUAUACUUUCUCACCCAAAGAUGUACAAAUUAAGGCAUUAGGACAAGGUAAUGCUGUCUGAGGACUCAUGCUCAAAAAGUGACACAUUGUAAACACUGCAAAGUAUGCCACCAGUGCAGACACUAAAAAAUUUCCACAGUAGCCAUGAAGCCAGUUUUCAUGGAGUUAGAAAUAUGCAGCUUGAUUUAUUUUAAAAACUUACUUUUCACUUAUAAAAAUAUUUAUGCUAGACUUACAGUACAAAAAAGACCAAACAAUACCUAUUUUAUAAAAUGGUUUAAUGAAUGCAUGCAUGUCUGAUAUAAUGAUCAAUAAAUUUACUGAAUUCAAAUUAUUUACUGUUGUAAACGUUUUACAAAAGCAUUGUGAUUUAUCUGGAUAUACAGUUCUUGAUGGAAGAACUAUUCAGACUGAAUCAGUGGCACAUGAAAAAAGUAAAGCUGACAAGACCCAUUCU